AUGAUGCGCGCUGUGUGGGAGGCGCUGGCGGCGCUGGCCGCGGUGGCGUGCCUGGUGGGCGCGGUGCGCGGCGGGCCCGGGCUCAGCAUGUUCGCCGGCCAGGCGGCGCAGCCGGAUCCCUGCUCGGAUGAGAACGGCCACCCGCGCCGCUGCAUCCCGGACUUUGUCAACGCGGCCUUCGGCAAGGACGUGCGCGUGUCCAGCACCUGCGGCCGGCCCCCGGCGCGCUACUGCGUGGUGAGCGAGCGUGGCGAGGAGCGGCUGCGCUCGUGCCACCUCUGCAACUCGUCCGACCCCAAGAAAGCGCACCCGCCUGCCUUCCUCACCGACCUCAACAACCCGCACAAUCUGACGUGCUGGCAGUCCGAGAACUACCUGCAGUUCCCGCACAACGUGACGCUCACGCUGUCGCUCGGCAAGAAGUUUGAGGUGACCUACGUGAGCCUGCAGUUCUGCUCGCCGCGGCCGGAGUCUAUGGCCAUCUACAAGUCCAUGGACUAUGGGCGCACGUGGGUGCCCUUCCAGUUCUAUUCCACGCAGUGCCGGAAGAUGUACAACCGGCCGCACCGCGCGCCCAUCACCAAGCAGAACGAGCAGGAGGCCGUGUGCACCGACUCGCACACCGACAUGCGCCCGCUCUCCGGCGGCCUGAUUGCCUUCAGCACGCUGGACGGGCGGCCCUCGGCGCACGACUUCGACAACUCGCCGGUGCUGCAGGACUGGGUCACGGCCACCGACAUCCGCGUGGCCUUCAGCCGCCUGCACACGUUUGGCGACGAGAACGAAGAUGACUCGGAGCUGGCGCGCGACUCCUAUUUCUAUGCAGUGUCUGACCUGCAGGUUGGCGGCCGCUGCAAGUGCAACGGCCACGCGGCGCGUUGCGUGCGCGACCGAGACGACAGUCUGGUGUGUGACUGCAGGCACAACACAGCCGGCCCCGAAUGCGACCGUUGCAAGCCCUUCCACUACGACCGGCCCUGGCAGCGCGCCACGGCCCGCGAGGCCAACGAGUGCGUGGCCUGCAACUGCAACCUCCACGCUCGGCGCUGCAGAUUCAAUAUGGAGCUCUACAAGCUGUCGGGGCGCAAGAGCGGGGGUGUCUGUCUCAACUGCCGCCACAACACGGCAGGCCGCCACUGUCACUACUGCAAGGAGGGCUUCUACCGAGACAUGGGCAAGCCCAUCACCCACCGGAAGGCGUGCAAAGCCUGUGAUUGCCACCCUGUGGGAGCUGCUGGCAAGACCUGCAAUCAAACCACUGGCCAGUGUCCCUGCAAGGACGGUGUGACGGGCAUCACCUGCAACCGCUGUGCCAAAGGCUACCAGCAGAGCCGCUCCCCCAUCGCCCCCUGCAUCAAGAUUCCUGUAGCACCACCCACCACCGCAGCCAGCAGUGUGGAGGAACCUGAAGCUGUCCAGAUCCACAUCCUGAAGGCGGACAAAGCCGGGGAUUGGUGGAAGUUCACGGUGAACAUCAUCUCCGUGUACAAGCAGGGAACAAGUCGCAUUCGCCGUGGUGACCAGAGCUUGUGGAUCCGCUCACGAGACAUCGCGUGCAAGUGCCCCAAAAUCAAGCCCCUCAAAAAGUACCUGCUGCUGGGCAAUGCGGAGGACUCGCCUGACCAGAGUGGCAUCGUGGCAGACAAGAGCAGUCUGGUGAUCCAGUGGCGGGACACGUGGGCACGGCGGCUGCGCAAGUUCCAGCAGCGGGAGAAGAAGGGCAAGUGCAAGAAGGCCUAGCCGGGAGGGGGCGCGGGCUCUAGGAGGGCGGGCAGGGCGCUGGCGGGGGCUGGCAGCCUUGGACUUGGCCCACCAGGGUUUUCCUGGGACGGGGAGGGUGGGGGCGGGGCGAAGCCUGCACGGGGCGGGGCCCUCAACGGCUCCGCCCCAGCCCCACCCUCACACCCUUGGCUGUGCCCUUGUACGCAUGGCAGAAAGUACCCUGUAUUGACAGGCCAGGCCCUGGAGAAAUGAGGACAAGACAUAGCUACCUCAUGGCGCUCCUUCCAGAACAGAGAUGCACUUCCUUAGGGCUGGGUGGGGGUCGCUGUGGAGGGGGCUGGGCAGCCCUGGGUCCCGGGCACAGAAUGGCAUGGUGGACCACAGUCUCUGUGUUUUUGAUGGUUAUUGAAGGGGAUGUGAGAAGAACUGUGAAUUUUCGGGCCUGCAGCCUGGGCAGGGGCGACCAAUCCACCACCAGACCCUCGUCAUGCCCCCCUCCUUUCUCCAUCACCUGCUGUCUAGGAAUUCCCACAGGACUCCAGACUCUGAACAGGUCCCUAUGUCAAAAGGCCAGAUGGCACUGGGAUCAGCCAGCUUCGGGUCUCCACUGCCACCUGCUGGGCUGGUCUCCUGGGUGGAGUUCACCAUCGGUAGGGAGGGGAGGCCCCUCCUGGGGCCUGCCCUUACCCCAGUGGGGCUGGCCCAGGCUCCUGGCCCAUCAGAGGGCCUAGGGCCUAAGGACACCCCCAAAGCCCAAGCCGGGUGGUCACUGCCUUUGCCGGAGCUGCCUGUGGGAGGAGGCAUUGCAACCCAAAACCUCCCAGAGAGUUUCCUUGCUGGAAACUUGGAAACAGCCCCUUUUAUGACAUUUUCCAGGGGAGGGGGAGGGGGUACUGGCGGGGUUGGCGGGGUUUAGGGCAAUGACACUAUUUGUGUAAUGACAUCAGCUCCCACAAGGCCUAACAGCAAUGUCAACAGCUGGAAAGGGCCUGGUCAGGCCUGGAAUGUCAGCGGCUGUAGAGGCCAUUUGGGCUGGGCUUGAGGGAAGGGGCUUGCUUAAGUCAAGACAGGGUGGAUGAUGCUCAGCAAGGUGCCUGUAUGUCCGAGCUGCAGGUAGCCAAGGCCAGGAGAGGUCAAGUUGCAGGGGUCCAAGGAAGCUAAAACUGCUUACUAUUGCAGCCCUCACCGCUGGCUCCCAAAGGGAAGGGACAGGCCACUAGGUUCAGCAGCCCACUAUGGCCCACAGCUGUCUUGGUCUCGCCUGGGCCGUCUCCUCCAUGUCUUCCUGUGUGCCUAGCCCUCUUUUCUCUUGGAGGCUUCAUGUCCUCAUGCAGGCAGCCCCAAGUUUCUCUUCUGGUCGCUCCCUGGUCCUCUCUUGCCUUUCCCUGCCUCCCUGCACUCGGGCCUCUAGCCUCACGCCCCGCACACUGGAUGAGAGGCCUGGCUUCCCUCUCAGUCAGGAAAUUAGUUUCAUUUCCCCUGCCCAUUUGGCUGCCCCCGAAGGGCCAGACCAGGCACGAAGCUCAGGCCCUUAGUGACAUGACUCCCUCUGCUUCCCCUUCCGCCCACGUCACCACUGCCAUUUGCUGAGCACGCGCUUGGUGCCAGGCACUUGACGCAGAUGCUCCUGGCCUGUCUUCGUCACAGACCCAUGAGACAGGGAUUCUUGUCCUCAUUUUCACCAGUAAGGAAAUGUCACAAGUCACACCAGCAUUGGCACUCAGACCCUGGCCUUACCACAGUUGCACACCAGCUCUGUCAGCCCCGCCCCCUUGGCACUCCCACAGUGGGUGGGAGUUAUCCCUGAGAACCAGGCAGCUUGCCUCUAGAGAGUGUUGAGGAUGAGAGCCUGGAGCAGGUCUGGGACAGACACGGGAACACCUUCGGAGGAGGCACCAGGCAGGAGUGGUGGGGUACAAGGGAUGGUUUCCCUAGAGGACGGCCUCAGCAAGUCCCAGAGUCCAGAAGGACAGGUGUUGGCCACCCGAGAGGGCCUGGAAAGGUGGCUUGGCUGCUCCCGGUGUGGGAAGGAAGGCUGUAAGGCUUCGGAGAGGCUGGCAGGGAAGGGUCAUGUGGCUUCCUUCCCUGGUCCAAGCCUGAGAUCGGUGGUCAAGGGCCACACUACCCAGGCUCACACAGCCAGUGUGGUUUGUU